AUGAACAGAAGCUGCAGGGAGCUUGGGGAAGGUGGACCGAGCUGCAGGAGCCGGAUGCGCAGCCUCCGCGGAGCAGGGGGCGCGGAGCGGAGGGUUUGGCGGUGGGGAGCGCAGCCAACCCGCGGUUUGACCGGAAAGAAGAGCUCUGGGUGGUGGCAGCUGGAAGCUGCCCGUGCCGUCCACCGCUCGCCUGCGUCCUCGCCCUUCAGCCUUUCUUCGGAGGAAGGAGCGUCCGAGCUCGGCUCGGUGCUGGCCGCGCGCUGCGAGCUGCGGAUGCGAGGCCCGUGGCCCUGGGUCCCGGGCGGUUAUUUCCAUUCGAGAACUACUGAGGCGGGAAGGAGACCUCAGGCUGGAGCCCGGAGGCAGGAGGGAAGUGUCCACCGACCCCGCGCCGCGGUCCAGAACGUUCCCUCCAGCGCAGCGGCUCCCGCUAGCCGGGGUCCUGGGGUCUCCGCCAGUCUAAUGGGGGUCGGGUUUUUCCCGGCCUGGGACACACCGGAGCCUCCAUUCUGCGCCAGAAGCGGGCAGCGCCCGGGAGCCACGAGCACAGCUCGCCUGAGCGGCGCCUGGCGUCAGCCCGCAGCGGCCUUUCCCUCCCCGGGGGGAGCUGAGCCCCCAGCAUCCCCCACGGGACACGGUCCACGCGCUUUCGACCCGCGCCCCCGCCAGCAGGACCGGCCCUGCCACUGCGGCCGGGAGAAUGUCGCGGACGCUCCGCGCGGCGCCCAGGCCUCACCCGCCAGAAACCGCCACGGGAGCCGCCAGCGCCGCAGGAGGUGGGAACCGCGCUGGAACCGUUGCGCUGAGCACGGCGGACCCCGGACCCCGGUUACCACCACCUCCCCGCAGUCUCCAGGCUAAAUUACGCUGUUCCCGAAAACAAAGAAACUGCCAUGUUGUGAGCAGCCUUAUGAAGAAGCCUACACAGUGAGACCUACAUGGUGAGAAGUCUACAUGGUGAAUUCUUAGUAACCAGUGAGAAACUGACGCCCAUCCACAACUGCAUAAGUGAGCUUGGAAGAAGAUCCUCCAGCCCCAGUUGAGUCUUGAGGUGACUUUCUGUAAGAAGUUCCUCAGCCCACAACUUCUAGAAGAAGAUGGGAGGAGCACUGAAGCCAGUCCUUUCUGGCACCAGCAAUAUGUGACAGGGUCUCACUCUCUCACCCAGGCUGG